AAUGGCGAUCACCGGAACCCUAGCUCUCUUUCACUCUUGGGAAAUCCUUGAAACCAGAGCCUUUGUUUCAUAUUCGCCUCCUGGUUUGGGCUUCAGGCGUGGAUUCAGCUUCUGGUGCCCAUCACUUUCUCGGCGAUCGCCGGAGACGAGGAGAUGGAUCACCGGCGCUCAAUCAUUGCCUCGUUUGGUGGAGGAAUUCGAUCCUAAGGUCCCAAUUGAAGAGGCAGUGACUCCACCCAGCUCCUGGUACACUGAACCCUCCUUCCUCGCCCUUGAGCUCGACCAUGUCUUCUCCCGUGGCUGGUUGGCUGCUGGUUUCACUGAGCAAAUCAAGAACCCUCAUGAUUUUUUUACUGGAAGCUUGGGAAAUGUAGAGUUUGUGAUCUGCCGAGAUGCCAGUGGGUGCCUUCGUGCUUUUCACAAUGUAUGUCGCCACCAUGCCUCUCUCCUUGCCUCUGGCAGUGGGCAGAAAUCUUGCUUCGUUUGCCCUUAUCAUGGUUGGACCUAUGGGUUAGAUGGUGUACUCUUGAAGGCUACUCGUAUAAGUGGAAUUAAGAACUUCCAUAAGGAUGAUUUCGGGCUUAUACCAUUGAAAGUAGCUACCUGGGGGCCUUUUGUGUUGAUCAGCUUGGAAAAGGAUUGUCUGCAUCAACAAAACAGAACUAAAGAGACAGUGGAAAAUGAAUGGCUUGGACAUGCUUCAGAGAUAUUGAGUACGGGUGGGAUUGAUUCUUCACUUAAGCAUGUCUGUAGACGUGAAUACACUAUUCAAUGCAACUGGAAGGUCUUUUGUGACAACUACCUAGAUGGCGGUUAUCACGUUCCUUAUGCACAUGGAGGCCUUGCAUCUGGCCUAAACCUGAAUUCCUAUUCUACCCAUAUUUUCGAAAAGGUUAGUGUUCAAAGAUGUGAAAGCACUUCAGUAGACACAAAUGACUAUGAUAGGCUUGGUUCAAAAGCAUUGUAUGCUUUCAUAUAUCCAAACUUCAUGAUAAACAGGUAUGGACCUUGGAUGGACACAAACCUAGUUCUUCCACUAGGCCCAACUAAAUGUCAAGUGAUAUUUGACUACUUCCUCGACGCGUCCCUUGUGGACAACAAGAAAUUCAUCGAAGAAAGUUUAAAACAGAGUGAGCAAGUUCAGAUUGAGGACAUUAUACUGUGUGAAGGAGUCCAAAGAGGUCUUGAAUCCCCAGCUUACACCAAUGGUAGAUAUGCUCCAUCAGUUGAAAUGGCCAUGCAUCACUUCCAUCUUCUCCUCCACCAAAGCCUCAACAAAUUCUAAAAACCUUUUCCUAUUAUCCAAUAAAACUUUUCCUAAAAUAAUACAUUUCUUGAAUUCCUUUUUGUGUGUGUGUGUGUGUGUGUGUGUGUGUGUGUGUGUGUGUGAAUAAACUACAAUUAUUAUGAGUUGGCAGUCAAGCACACAAGAAUGGAAAAGAAUGAGGUAGCCGUUGCUCUUUCCUAUUUAACUUUCUUUCUCUUUCUUAUAUCUCCACUACUUAAUACUUAAUACAUGUACAGUGAAUCAAAGAAAAGUUAUGGAAAUCUAGGCAAAGAUUUUUUUUUUU